AUGGCCUCCAGACUUGAUCGUCUUGUCACGCUACUCGAGACUGGUAGUACACAACUAAUUAGAAAUACUGCAGCUCAACAGCUUGCUGACGUUCAAAAAUCCCAUCAGGAUGAACUCUUCAAUCUUCUUACCCGAGUAGUACCCUAUCUAAAACACAAGACAUGGGAUACACGAAUAGCUGCUGCAAAAGCAUUGGGCGGAAUCGUUGAAAAUGCUCACAAAUUUGAUCCAGACGAUUGUUAUACAGAGCUCGAUACUAGGAAUAUUAAAAAGGAGGAUCAUAACUUAGAGAAUUAUCAAUCUAAUGGUCAACUUAGUCUAGAAACCCUGGAUAUCGUGUCAAUACUUAAAUAUGGCAAAGAACUUCUCCGGGGUGGUAGUGGAAAAGAGUUAAACUAUGAUCUAGUGCAAUUAGAUCCUGUACAAAGACUUGAGCAUCAAAAAAAGACUCUUAAUGGCCGACUUGGACUCCUAGGGAAAUUUUAUGAUGCAGAACCCAAAAGUGUUCCUCCACCCGUAAAGAAUACAAAUAAAACAGUCAAUUCAAAAGUACCGGGAAAUAGUAGAAACAGCAUCCCUAAAUCUGCUCCAGCUGAAGAACAAGGUCUCAGUGCGCGUCAACUAAAUCAGCUUAGACGAAAACGAAAACGAGAAGCUCAAAGCGCUGGAAGUAAAAAUAGAAUGGUAGACCUAUCCAUCCGGCGGUCUAGCACAAUGGAUUCGACAGAAUUAGGCUCUGAUAGCGUCAUAUCAAAUAUCGUUGAUGGCAACGAAAAUGGGAUCAAAGAUUACUUUUCAUUAGAGAGAGCUGAAAAUGUCGACGAAGAAACAAAAGUUGUUUCUGAGUUCAAAGGUCCAGUAUUGCCAAUCAAAUCGGAAGUCAAGGUAGACGAGAUAGAGCAGCAGAACGACUGGCCUUAUGAAAGGCUCUGUGAAUUUCUCACGAUAGACUUAUUUGAUCCACAGUGGGAGACUCGGCACGGAGCAGCUAUGGGACUGAGGGAGAUAAUUCGGGUACACGGCCAUGGAGCUGGGCGCAAGAGAGGAAAACUAAGAAGUGAAAAUGAUUUGCUCAACUCUCGGUAUCUAGAUGAUCUCGCAUGUCGUUUAUGCUGUGUUUUUAUGCUUGAUCGAUUUGGUGACUAUGUAUCAGAUACAGUUGUCGCGCCAAUUAGAGAAACAGUUGGACAGACUCUAGGUGCAUUACUAAUUCACCUUCCACCGACAGUUGUUUACUCUAUUCAUCGAAUACUAUAUCGUAUGGUUAUGCAAGAAGAUCUCCAACUUGACAAUCCCGGCUGGGCUGUUUGCCAUGGUGGCAUGAUUGGCCUACGUUAUUUAGUAGCUGUGAGGAACGACCUAUUACUAAAAGAUAAUAGUCUAAUUGAUGGAGUUAUUUGUGCUGUUAUGAAGGGACUGGGCGACUGGGAUGACGAUGUUCGUUCAGUUAGUGCGGCAACCCUUAUUCCCAUCGCAAAGGAAUUUGUCCAUUUAAGACCAAAAGCCUUGGAAGGUCUCAUCAAUAUAGUAUGGGGAUGUCUUUCUAAUCUUGGAGACGACCUCAGCGCAAGUACAGGCCAGAUAAUGGAUUUAUUAGCAAAACUUUGCAGCUUUCCUGAGGUGCUUGAGGCCAUGAAAAACAACGCAUCUAAGAAUUCAGAGCAUUCUUUUGCUCUCUUGGUUCCACGACUAUAUCCGUUCUUACGGCAUACAAUAACUUCUGUUCGCUCAGCUGUUCUCAGGGCGCUCUUGACCUUUGUUAACAUUGAUGGGGCCGGUGCUACUGAUUGGUUGGACGGAAAGAUUCUUCGUCUUGUUUUUCAAAAUAUUCUGGUCGAACGAAAUCAAGAUACGCUUAAUUUAUCAUUGCAAGUAUGGGAAACUUUGGUAAAACAUAUAGCUAAGAACCCCGAGAACCUUGCUGAGCAGUUUUCUAUCCAUGUCGAUCCUCUGAUGCAACUCUCUCUUCAUCCCAUAGGUGUAUCGAGACACCCUCUUCCUAUGAAUGCUACUCUUUUCCAGAAGCCAUCAGGAAAUACAUAUUCUAUGUCAACUCACAUACAUCUUUCCACCGGAAAACCAAAUUCACCAGUCUCAAUUGAGCCACCACCCAAGAAACAACGCCGAAAGGUUACAAAAGAUGUAGAUAGUAUACCAGCAAACUCUACUCACGAUGUAGAUGGACACAUGAUGCAAGGCGAUGUCGAUCUGGUUGGCAUGGAAAGCCUUAUCCGAUCAAGGAUAUCUGCAGCAAAAGCGAUGGGCUUACUUAUGUCUCUUAUUCCUGCCACUGCACUCGAGUUCUACGAAGCCAGUGUUAUGCCAGCUCUCUCAUCGGCAUUUGCAUCUACUCAGCUCACUGCAGCUCUUAUUAUUGAUGAAUAUGCGAAGAAUUCCACCUCAAAAGACCAAGCUAUUACUAGAUUUAUGAAACCACUUAUGACUAUUAUUGAGUCUGAUCGUCCUUAUCAUUACCGGGACUUAGUUAGCUACACGCAACUUAUCAGAGCACAAUGUUCGCAGUUAUUUAACACUUUUCGAGAUGUCGGAAAAGUAUCAUCGAAUCGUUUGCCCACCCUAGCUAUUGUAGUUCAGGGUGAAGCAGAGGCCGGUCCAGACGCUUUUUCAAUACAAAUAGCCGAUAGAUGUGUGAAUGAAGAUUUUGAGAGACUAAAAAAGUCUAUGUCUGCUGCCCAGCGAGUAAUAGCUGCUCAAGCAUUAUCCGAAGCUCGUGAGAAUGUUAUGGAAGUCAUUGCCAACACCAAAAUUUUGAAGGAGCAACGUGAUAUUAGAAUUAAAGCAGCAGCAGCCAGUGCUUUGGUAGCUAUGAGGGCAUCGCCGAAGCGACCCACCCACAUAAUCAAAGGUAUGAUGGAUAGUGUCAAAAAAGAGGAAAAUCAGGAGUUACAAAAACGCUCUGCCCAUGGAAUUGCUCGCUUAGUAGAGCUCUUUGCUGCGUCUGGUCGUUCGGGACCUGCACAGAAAGUUGUUUCAAACCUAGCCAAGUUUAGUUGUAUUGAUACCUCGGAAACGCCAGAGUUCGCUCCAAAUGCUGGCUUUACGAGCAACAUUCUAUCGCUCCGAAAAGAGGAAGACCGGCGGGAUCAUCCAAAUGCCGCCAAAUUCGCAAGAGAAGCAAAAGAGGCGAAAAUUGUUCGACGAGGUGCUAAGGAGGCACUAGAAAAUCUCUCCGAUAUCUUUGGCCCUGGUCUUUUAGACAAUGUUCCAACUCUUCGGAAAAUAAUGGAGGAAGCUCUGAUAUAUUCCUUUUCCGGUGAACUACCGAUAGAUUGCACAGAUCCAGAAAAAGAAAUAGGUCAGGCAGCCAUCGAUGGUAUGUCAGUCAUUCGGGCACUGGCUUCAAAGAUGAACUCGAAAUUACAUUCGUUUAUCAUAAAUCUACUACCAUUAGUAAUCAAAGCUCUGCACUCAAGUCUAUCGGUAUUUAGGUAUAUGGCAGCCAAAUGUUUAGCGACACUAUGCAGCGUUAUUACAGUAGAGGCUAUGACUUUCCUUGUUGAGCGAGUUUUGCCGUCGAUUAGUAAUCCAGUGAAUUUGAACGCUCGUCAAGGUGCUACAGAAACUGUUUACCAUCUUAUUCAUGUUAUGGGAGAUAAUAUCUUACCGUAUGUUAUUUUCCUCAUCGUCCCUAUUCUUGGUCGCAUGAGCGAUUCUGACAACGAUGUUCGAUUGAUUGCUACAACAACAUUUGCAACUCUUGUUAAACUAGUCCCACUAGAAGCAGGCAUUCCUGAUCCUCCAGGGCUGUCUGAGGAGCUGUUAAAAGGUCGUGACCGGGAAAGAACUUUUAUCGCACAACUUUUGGACCCCCACAAAGUUGAGCCCUUCAUUAUUCCAGUUGCUAUUAAGGCUGAGUUGCGAUCAUAUCAACAAGAAGGUGUUAAUUGGCUCAACUUUUUAAAUAAAUACCAUCUCCACGGAAUUCUUUGUGACGAUAUGGGAUUGGGGAAAACCUUGCAAACACUUUGUAUUGUGGCUAGCGAUCAUCAUUUGAGGGCCGAGGAAUUUGCCAAAACAAAAGCCCUCGAGUUUCGGAGAAUGCCAUCGCUUAUAGUCUGCCCUCCAACCUUAUCUGGUCACUGGCAACAGGAAAUCGUUACCUAUGCACCAUUCCUUACUUGUACAGCUUAUGUUGGGCCACCAAGCGAUCGCUCUAGAUUAAGAGGACAAUUAGGCAAAACAGACGUCGUUAUAACUUCAUACGAUAUAUGCCGAAACGAUGCUGAAAUUCUCGCUCCAUUGAACUGGAACUAUUUGGUUCUUGAUGAGGGACAUUUAAUAAAAAAUCCUCGUGCUAAGAUAACAUUAGCAGUUAAACGACUACGCAGUAAUCAUCGCCUCAUUCUUUCUGGCACACCAAUUCAGAAUAAUGUCUUAGAGCUUUGGUCUUUAUUUGAUUUUCUGAUGCCUGGGUUUCUGGGAACCGAAAAGGUCUUUCUUGACCGCUUUGCCAAACCUAUAGCUGCUUCCCGCUUUUCCAAGUCAUCUUCAAAAGAACAAGAAGCCGGUGCCCUUGCUAUAGAGGCACUUCACAAACAAGUCCUCCCGUUUCUUCUCCGUCGUUUGAAGGAAGAAGUCCUGGAUGAUCUGCCUCCUAAAAUCCUUCAAAAUUACUACUGUGACCUAAGCGAUUUACAGAGAAAACUAUUUGCUGAUUUUACCAAAAAGGAGGGCAAAGGUCUUGCCGAGGCUGCUAGCUCUGGUGAUAAAGAAGCAAAACAACACAUUUUCCAAGCUUUACAGUAUAUGCGCAAGCUAUGCAACUCUCCGGCUCUCGUACUCAGGGAAGGGCAUAAACAUUUCGAAGAGACCCAGGAGCUUUUGUCUAAACAAGGAUCUUCUAUCAGUGAUCCUAUUCAUGCCCCAAAACUCACAGCCCUUCGCGAUCUCCUUGUGGAUUGUGGUAUCGGGGUCCCGCCCUCAUCUGAAAAUGAGAUUACUACGGAAACAAACUUUGUCUCUCCGCAUCGUGCUCUUAUAUUUUGUCAAAUGAAAGAAAUGCUUGAUCUUGUAGCUGAAACUGUUCUUCACACGCUCUUGCCUAGUAUUCAGUAUCUACGACUUGAUGGUUCAGUUGAAUCUUCUAAACGUCAAGAAAUUGUAAACAGAUUCAACUCAGAUCCUUCCUAUGAUUGUUUGCUUCUUACCACAAGUGUCGGAGGAUUAGGUCUUAAUUUAACCGGCGCCGACACAGUAAUAUUUGUUGAGAACGAUUGGAAUCCACAAAAAGAUCUUCAGGCUAUGGAUCGUGCCCAUCGCAUUGGGCAGAAAAGGGUGGUAAAUGUCUAUCGAAUUGUCACUCGGGGGACGGUGGAGGAAAAAAUAAUGGGACUUCAGCGAUUUAAAAUCGAUGUGGCAUCUACAGUCGUUAAUCAACAAAAUGCUGGACUAGCUAGUAUGGAAACUGACCAAAUCCUCGAUCUUUUUAAUAUAGGUGAAAAUACAGGGGUACCAGGGUCGAUGGAUAGAGAUUUGAACGUGGAUAGUUCAAGAGAAGAAGAUAUGGUAGAUGCAACAGGUGAAGUGAGAGAAAAAGGCAAAAAAGGUUGGCUAGAUGAAAUUGGGGAGUUAUGGGACGGACGGGAAUAUGAAGAAAGCUUCAAUCUAGAGGGUUACUUAAAGAGCAUGAAGGGUUAA